CGUCAAGCACCGUCAAUUAAUUUCUCCCGCCCUCCCUCUUUGCUCUUCUCCGUUCCCCCCGCCUGGUCGGUUCCAAUUCCAAAACCAAAACCAACAGCAGAGCAGAGCUGAAGCGGAGGAACAAAACAAUGGAGUACGAGCAGCGGCUCAAAGCCGCCGCGAGUAUCGUGCUCGCCGACGACGCUCGUAAGGGGGACUGGCGAGUCGACUGCGCCGAGCUCGGGAUCACUGCGGUCCUGAAACCUCACCAGGUUGAAGGCGUCUCCUGGCUCAUAAGGAGGUACAAGCUCGGGGUCAACGUCGUCCUGGGAGAUGAGUUGCAAUUUUGUUAUUGGCAGAUGGGAUUAGGAAAGACCUUGCAAGCUAUCUCGUUGUUAAGCUACUUGAAGGUCUCAGGAUUGUCAUCUGGUCCUUUUUUGGUCUUAUGCCCCCUAAGUGUCACCGAUGGCUGGGUUUCAGAGGUAUUCAAGUUUGCUCCAAAGCUAAAGGUUCUUAAGUAUGUGGGGGAGAAAGAGUACAGGCGCAGCCUGCGUAAAAUUAUGUAUGAUCAUGUAAAAGACCAUUCCUCACAUUCUGAGGGUCUGUCACUGCCUUUUGAUGUACUCUUGACAACGUAUGACAUAGCCAUUAUGGACCAGGAGUUUCUUUCUCAAAUCCCCUGGCAUUAUACAGUAAUUGAUGAAGCUCAGAGACUUAAAAAUCCUUCAAGUGUCCUAUAUAAAGUCCUGAUGGAGCUUUUUCUCAUGCCAAGACGAUUAUUAAUGACCGGCACACCCAUCCAGAACAACUUAACCGAACUUUGGGCAUUAAUGCACUUCUGCAUGCCUUCAAUUUUUGGGAUGCUGGAGCAGUUUCUUGUUGCAUUCAAGGAAGCUGGAGACCCUUCGGCAGCUCGUGAUGCAGUCCAGGUCAAGGAACAAUUCGGAAGUUUGAAACAUAUACUCAGAGCAUUUAUGCUUCGAAGAACCAAAGCUAAGCUUAUUGAAGGUGGAAAUCUGGUGCUGCCUCCUCUUACUGAGAUUACAGUGAUUGCUCCAAUGGUAGGGCUGCAGAAGCAAGUCUACAUGUCAAUUUUGAGGAAAGAGCUUCCUAGACUCAUAGCCCUCUCAUCUGGAGCAUCUGGUCAACAAUCUUUACAGAACAUUGUAAUUCAGCUGCGAAAAGCUUGCAGCCACCCGUACCUCUUUCCAGGAAUUGAACCUGAACCAUACGAAGAAGGCGAGCACCUGGUUCAGGCCAGUGGAAAAAUGAUUGUUCUGGAUCAGCUUCUGCGAAGACUUCACAAGACAGGCCAUCGCGUCCUUCUCUUUGCUCAGAUGACACAUACACUUGAUAUUUUACAGGAUUUCUUAGAGCUGCGGAGGUAUUCAUAUGAGCGUCUUGAUGGAUCCAUCCGGGCUGAGGAGCGUUUUGCUGCUAUAAGAAGUUUUAGUGAACGACCAUCUGCGGACUCUGGAGCAUGUCAAGGUGAUGCCUUUGUUUUCUUGAUAUCAACAAGAGCCGGUGGAGUUGGCUUGAAUCUCGUGGCUGCUGAUACUGUCAUAUUUUUUGAGCAAGACUGGAAUCCUCAGGUGGACAAGCAGGCUCUGCAACGAACUCACCGCAUUGGUCAAUCUAAUCAUGUCUUAUCCAUAAACUUAGUUACAGCACGUACAAUUGAAGAGGUUAUUAUGAGGAGAGCUGAGAGGAAAUUACUCCUUAGCCAAAAUGUGGUAGGUGAUGAUGUCACGGAGCAGGAUGGAAAUGGAACUGAAAUUCGUGCAGGUGAUUUACGUUCUAUCAUGUUUGGGUUGCAAAUGUUUGACCUCACAGAGGCCCAUGAAGAAUCAGGUGAGUCAAAGAUGUCUGAACUUGAGGCCUUGGCUGAAAAUGUAAUUUCCAUGCGCCAAGGGAAUGGAAAGAAUGACCGCAAGUUCGAAAUAAACUCGGGGAAUUUAUCAAGCAGGAGGGAGGUUGACAUUGGAAAGUCUGCUUCUGUUGGUCUGGAAGCUGACUUUGAUGAAACUUCAUAUCUAUCAUGGGUUGAAAAGUUUAAGGAACUCGGGCAAUCAAGUGGAGAUCUUGAUGAGCAUGUAAGAUCCAAAAGGGUGACUCUUCAUCCUGAGGAUAAGAAUGUAAAUGUAGAAUCAGCAAUAAAGAAGGCAAAAGAGAAAAAGUUGUUGAAGUGGGAAUCCCUUGGAUACCGUUCCUUGUCGGUCGAAGAACCCGCCUUGCCUGUUGAUGGAGACGUAACAUCUGAUUCUGGUUCUGUCCAUUUUGUCUAUGGCGACUGUACUCAGCCAUCAAAAGUUUGUCCCUCUGAGCCCGCCAUCAUAUUCAGUUGUGUUGAUAACUCCGGAAAAUGGGGCCAUGGGGGAAUGUUUAAUGCAUUAGCAAACCUUUCUCCUACUAUCAUUGAUGCAUAUGAACGAGCUGCUGAAUUUGGUGACCUGCAUCUUGGCGAUCUUCAUCUUGUUAAAAUUCAAGAUGCUGAACAGAACGGAAAUGGUGAUUAUACAUGGUGGGUGGCAUUAGCUGUUGUACAGUCCUAUAACCCGAGGCGAAAGAUCCCUAGGAGCAACAUCUCUAUUCCUGACUUAGAAAUUUGCUUGUCAAAGGCAUCGUUCUCAGCUGCUCAAAAUUCUGGUAAAGCUUCAAUUCACAUGCCCCGGAUCGGGUAUCGUGAUGAAUCAAACCAUUCAGAAUGGUAUGCUGUAGAACGCCUUCUCCGGAAGUAUGCUGCCAUUUAUGGCAUAAAAAUUUAUAUAUAUUACUACCGGCGAUCUGUUCCUUCCUAGUAACAAGGUGCUUGAGGACUGUGGCAAUAUUUUAAGCUUCAUUUUGGUCGAGUAAGUUUGCUUGUUUUCCAGUUAGCCAGGCAGCUUUCUAUCCUUCUUCCUCUUUGUAACUAGUUCUGUUCACAUGGCGUAUAUAGUGAUAAGCAUGCAUUCCCUGCGUAUGGAUGAUGGGGAUGUAGUUAAAUUAUUUUCGAAAUGGAGCAUUUUUGUCGUGAGCUUGAUGUCCCCUCCGUUUCAAAUCCCCUGAUUGUUUUGGAUU